GGAGUGAUCGGGAAAAAGUGUUUGUGUGGCAGUCAAGAUGAUCCGGAGAGGAGGGGGCAGAGCGCCUCCCGUUAUUUUGAUAGGCCUGCUGGUUGUGCUGGUUAUUCUUGGCUUCAACUACUGGCUACUCUCUUCACAAAAUGCCGACUUACAACAGGAACUGGAGAAACUGCAGGCCGAGGUUAAAAUCAGUGCAGUGAAACAAGAUCAGUCUGAGAAGAAGAAUGCAGCAUUGCAGGAGACUGUACAUGAGAUGGAUGAAAUUGCAGACAAGUUGAAAAAGAGAGUCCAGGAGGAGGAGGAUGCCAUCAAGACUCGAGACCAGGAUGGACAGAAGAAGGAUUACGAGAUUACCUCACUCAAGAACAAAAUUGUUGUUCUCCAAGAGCAGAUUAACACAGUGAAGCAGCAAGUGGAGGAACAGGAGGUGGAGUUGGCCAAAGCAAGGGAGACCAACACCCGCCUUGUAACAGAGCGAGAUGCAGCAGUGGAGGCUGUUGGGGAGAAGGACACACAGAUCAAUGCACUCAAGAUACAACUGGAGCAGGAGAAAACGGUGAAGGGCACAUUGCAGUACUCCAUUAGUGACCUGAAGAAGAAGGUGACGCAGACUUUUGGUGACCUAUCUGAGUGCCAAGACAAAGUGGCAGAGCUUGAAGGGAAGAAUAAGGGACACGAGGAACAGAACCAAAAGGUACAGGAAGAGUUGGCAGCCCACCAGAGGGAGCAGGCUGCUGUGGUUGUGCCUGAAGCUGUUCCUGGAGCAAUGAAUAUUCCUGGUAUAGAUAAAAAAGAGGCAUACUUUGGCCCAGGCCAGCUGGGGUAUGUCCCCCGGGCAGCUGUGAGGACGCUGGACAAGGGCUUGCAGGGCAUCAACUUCCACAGGGGCCUCCCUAUUCUACCUAGGGAUCCCCCUGGUGCCCCCCGUCCCAAGCCCAGAUUCAGUGUGGGUGCAGGUGGCCAAAAUGCUCCGCCAGGAGGCCAAGGAGUCGUGCCCCAGCCACCUGCUGCCGAGGUGAAAGCAGCACCUGUAGCAGAAUUACAGAAACCCCUGAUUCAACCUGCAGUGGGCCAGUACCUCCAUCCCAUCGCUGGCCACCAGCAUUACCAGGCCCUUGCCAAACCCCGCUAUGCCCUGCCCCAGGAGAUGAGGUUCCUCCCCCACCCACGCCUGGACCCCAUUGCAGGCCCUGGUGUGGUAGAGCGGCCAGCAGCUCCCGUGGAUGCCAACAAUCAGGCCCUUGCUCCACCUGCCAAUGUGGUGCAGCAAGACCCCCACAAUGAAGUGCUUGCCCCACCACCAGCCCAGGGUGAUAAUUUAGAAGGCAGAAAGGACAAUGGAAAUUUAUUUGAGCCACAUAGAUCGGCAGCAGUGAUAGCAAAGCCAGGCUCACUGCAAGGCAAAGCUGCAUUGCCAGGGCAAGAUGAAAUGGCAGUGGGCUUGCACCACGGCCAGGCGGAAGCAGAGGACAAGAAUGAUGCCCAAGAGCAAUUAGAUGAACCACUGCAGCCCCUACACAGCCAUGGUGAAGUGGAGGGUGAGGACCACAACAAUGCCCUAGAGCAGGAGGAGGAUGAGGACAACCUUGAUGCAGCAGUUGAUGACGAGAAUGCAGCGGCAGCAGUGAAUGACUUGACGUAUGACCAAGACGAAGAAGGGAAUGAUGUGCGGCAGCGACAGCGACGACAGGACAGAGGUGAUGGUGGUGGAAGAGAAGGUGAAGGAGGAGGAGGAGGAGGAGGAGGAGGAGUGGGGGUACGGGCAAGAGAGGAAGACGUGGAAGAGGAAGAAGAGGAAGAGGAGGAGGAAGAGGGUGCUCUAAUGCUUCCCAGGGUUUACCAGCAGGAGAAUCUUGUUGGGGCCCCAUCACCGUCAUUUAGGAGAUGCUUUGCCAGUUGGGUUCGUGAAGCUGGAUGACUUGCCCCCUAACCCUCAUGAACAUCGGCAAAUUAGGCUCGGCUGAUUAUUUUCUUGUUGUCCCUCCUGUCCCCUUCCAUCUCUCUUCAUUCUCUUCCUCUCACUAUCUGUCAUUUGUAUUGGUUAAAACGUAAUAUGUAUCAUCCAUAAUUUCCUUUUUAUUACUUGUGUUUUCUUUUUUUCUUCUUUUUUUUUUUCUUUCUGUCUGUUCUCCAUUUAAUUUUGUUUUCCUUCUCAUUUUAUCAAAGACUUCAACUUCUUCCUUCAUGUGUGGAUCCAUGUAUCACUUAUCUUUAUUUUGACGACUGUUGUUAUUAUUAUUAUUAUUAUCAUUACUUUUUGUACAGAGUAUAUUUAUAUGCAGAAAAUGCUCUCUCUCUUAAAACCCCUCCUGCCCAUCACUGUGUGGCUGUCUCAGAUUUAUACUAUAUACUGUGUGAAAUUUUGAUAAUGUGUGUCUGUUGUGUGUGUUUUAGUAAUCAUUGAAUGAUUAUAAGCAUGUACAUGUUGGUGGGUGUGUGUGCACAGCUGCAAGCCUUUUUAUCAUUAGGAGUGGUGGUGGCGUGUGUGUGUGUGUACCUAUUAUGGUGUCUUUUGUAUUUUUGAAUGUAUGGUUGGUGGUGAGUUGUAUUGUGCUGUGUUGUGUUACUCAGAAUUAUGGUGCCGUGAUAGCAUUGCUUGCCUUUGUGUUUGAAAUGUUUGGUGACCAUAAUUGUAACAAUAGCAACAGUGGUAAAUAUAUAUGUUAAAAAUUCAACAAUUGCCAUACUACAAGUCAAACAGAAUAUUUUUUGCAGUUGAAAUUACUCCAGGGCUUAAUUUGAUAAUAGCAGAAUUAAUUCACAAAGCACAACAUUUUGGUUUAAGAACUAUGUUUGGUGAUGCCUUCUUGAUUAGAGUGACUCAAGAAGUUAUAGGAAAUUAAACCUACAGCUGUAAGCCUUCUUUGAUUUUAUACUUGGCAAUGGAAUGCACAACUUGGGCUUAUAUGAGUGAGAUUACAUUGCUCAGAUAGUUAAGUAGAAGUAGUAGUCCCUUAGAUGAGCAAGGUAGUGAUAAGAUAGAAUGGCUUAGUAACAGUAUUUUUGCAUGUAUUGAUAGCCAGUCGUCUGUGUAGCGUUUUUUUUUUUUUUUUUUUUUUUUUAAUACUUGCACAGAAUACAUCACUAAAAUGCCCAAGGUUUCUUUAAUAAGAAAUGCUGGUUGAAUCUUAUCAUGAAGAUUCAUGCUCUUUUCAGCAGUGAAAUUAUAGAGAAAUCAAUAGAGAAAGCAGGGAAGAAGAUAGCUUAUGAGACAAGAGUAAAUGAGGAAUAUUGAAUUGUAAUUAUUUCUUGUGUGUAUAUAUAUAUAUAUAUAUAUUUUGAACCUUAUGACUUGAUCAGGUUUCAAAUUUCUAUAAUUUGAGUUUGUAUGGUGUGUGUGUGUGUGUGUGUGUGUGUGUGUGUGUGUGUGUGUGUGUGUGUGUGUGUGUGUACAUGGUCAUGUGAAUCUUCAUAUUGUGUUUGAGAUUACAUACAAAAAAGUUACUGCCCUGGAAAAUGAUGUGCUGAGCUGCUGUAUGAAUCUACAGACAGCGAAAGUUUCUCAGAUAUGCAGACUUGCUUGUGAGGGAAGGGUCCCAUCUGAUAGAAAUGGAUAAAAUAAUACAAUAAAACAAAAUCUAAUUAGGUUGAAAGAACUAAAUUCUUUGAAAUAGUAUGCAUAUAUUGUUUCAAAUUCUCACAUUCUGAUAUGUUUUUAAUUUUGAAAAUUUAGCUUUAUUAUUGUUAUAUCCAUUACCUUGAUAACAUUGUUAUUAUAUUAUUUUUAUUAUUAUUAUUAUUAUUAUUAUUAUUAUUUUAUUAUUAUUAUUAUUAUUAUUAUUAUUAUUAUUAUUAUUAUUAUUAUUAUUAUUAUUAUUAUUAUUAUUAUCAUCAUCAUCAUCAUCACUUGUUAGUUACCAUUACAUUGUUUUUACAUUAUGUGUUAUCUUGAAUGCAAGAUAUGAAUAUGAACAUAAAUGAGAAAUACAUGUUGCUGUGAUUUAUGAGCAAAUAUUAUUGUUGUAUUUUAUUGAUAUGCUGCAUAUGUGGACAAUUUAGUUUAGAAUUUCUCUAGAAUUUGUAAAAUCCAAGUGGAGCUCUCUCUCUCUCUCUCUCUCUCUCUCUCUCUCUCUCUCUCUCUCUCUCUCUCUCUCUCUCUCUCUCUCUCUCUCUCUCUCUCUCUCUCUCUCUCUCUCUCUCUCUCUCUCUCUCUCUCUCUCUCUCUCUCUCUUGCACUUUACAGUCUCAUGUGGAUGUUGGGCCUCUAUGGGUACUUUGCCAGAUAUUUUCAGCAUAGAACAACAAUGAUAUACAAGAUUUGUAUGAUAGAAAAUAUUAUUUAUGAAUAUUUGUUUGUGUUGGUUGAAUUAGUUCCUUGUGUGGGAUGCAUAUAGAAUCAUGUCUUUGUCACAUUUUAACCUGUUUUAUACCAGAUAUGAUGCACUGUAGUUGUAGGUUUAGACAGGACAACAUUAUGUACAUGUAUCACACAUUUAAAAAGAUAUUGUAAGUUUUAGAGCUGAGACUUAAUUUUCUUCAUUCCAUAUUUUUUCUACGUAUCUAAAAUUAGAUGCACAUACAUUUUUUGCAUAAAUAUAUUGACAACAUUUUAUUUCUUUUACAUAUGAGAAAAAAUUUGGAAGCUUUAGGCAUGACGCACACCAUAUUCCCCUCUCUCAUUAUGUUAUGAAAGAUCAUAAGACAGACCUCAUGACACUUAGAGCACUCUACACAUAUAAUAUAUACAUGCUGAUCUUUAGUAACUGGUGCCCACACCUUCAUACAAAUGCACAGAUCAUUAAGAGCUAAUAUCAAUACAAAACAGUUAUCCCAGAGAGAUCUAUUAUAUCUGACCUCUUUUUCUCUGCAUGAACUACAGCAUUUGUGAUUAGUAACUAUUUUUAUCAGUUCUUUAAACAUCUGAAAACAACACAUUUAUCAUGAUAUGUGAUCAUAAAAUGUGAAUCUUAAAGCUUUUUUUUUUUUUUUUUUUUAUGAAAUUUCUUACAACUGAAGCUUUUUCCUUUUAUUUGUGUCCACUAUGCUACAGUAAAAGUCCUGUGUUUCGGCAUGUAUAAGAUUAGACAGGUGCUGAAACAUAGAAUAUGCUGAAAUAUCAGAUGCAAAUUUCAUCAAACAUAUUAGCAAUGAAUAAAUGAAGACAGGCUACUAUUUAUUUAUUUGCAAAAAACACAAACAAAUGUCUCCAAGGCAACAAUAUACAUAUGUAAAUCUAAUGUAAGAUGUAGAACUAGAUUGUAGUCUAAUUCUACUGCUGUGGAGUGCGAGGGUCCGCUGGCAGUUUUGAAUGAUGCUAUCUGCAGAUUCGGGCCUGCAAGUAAAAAACAAAUGCAUUCUAGAAUGUAUUAUAUUUUAUCAACCAUGUGCACUAAAGUGUAUAUAUUAUGGUGCUGUAAAACCACAGUAAUGUGUGUCACUAUUCCCUUGCCUGUGCUCAUGAAUGCAAUCGUUCACAAAGAAAGUGGGAAGACAAACAUGGUGGCAUAAACAUAAUAGACUCAUUUUUUUCUUUUUUUAUGUGCCUGUUGUGCUUUGGAUCACUAAUACUCCUUUCCUCUUUUUCUCAAUCUAGUACUUUAUUCAUAGACUCCAAGUUUAUACUAAAAAUAUUCUCAUAUACACCACUUAAACCAUUGUAUCCAUGCGUGCUAUAGCUAGCAGGUAGAGCCUACACUUUACAGCAGAUGAUUGCAGCACUCUGGCACCAUUUUUUAAUUUCCCACAUGCCAAUACUUUUUGGAAAGUGCUGAAAGGUCAGAUAACUUUUGGAAUGGGACUAUUGUGCAAAAAUGCUGAAACCAGAUUUUCUGAAACAUUGGAUGACGAAAGACAGGACUUUUGCUGUAUAUAGACUAUGUCAGGAUGAGAGUCACAUGUCUCUGAGAGAUCUCAGUUUAUCCCUAAUGUUAGUACAGAAAUAACAUGUCCAACUUGCACAAGGAGGAGCCUCAAGUCUUGAACAAGAUAUCAUAUACUAUUGCACCAGGUGUGAACCAUCACCUAAUAUUUAAGUAUGCUUGCUUAAAAGGAAUGACAAAAAUCUGUUCAAGAUUGCCACUGAACAUUCAUCAUACUUAUUUUUCCACAAAUUUUUCACUUGAAGAAACAAGGUUUCAUCUCUAUCUUGCUAUAUAAGUGUCACGACUGUUUUUAUCAAUGGUUGGUUCACUACUUAAAGUGUGUUUAAUUCUAGCUGCAGCACAAACUUCUUUAAUAAUUUUACACUGUAUGAAAUAUAUAUAUAUAUAUAUAUAUAUAUAUAUAUAUAUAUAUAUAUAUAUAUAUAUAUAUAUAUAUAUAUAUAUAUAUAUAUAUAUAUAUAUAUAUAUAUAUAUAUAUUGGAGAAUUAUGUAUGAUUUAUCUUUGCACCUUUAUUUAUUUUGAUGGAACACUAAUCUGUUAUUUAUGUACUGGUUAGAGUCAAAUUGUCAGGGUUUCAGACACAAUUAGUCUACUGAUGUACUUAUGAGCAGCUGCUGUUGGCACCCCAUUGCUUCUUGUCAUGGGUGUGGAGGAAACAUGUGGGAAAGGUGAUGGUUAUGCUUGACUCCUAUAUUGCACCAUAUAAGACAAGAAUGGGAAUUAUUAUGAGUCAUGCACACAGAAAAAAACAUUAGUUUCAUAUCAGUUUAUAGUAAUUAAUAAAACUUGUGUGAUAGUGUUGAAAGAUCUGUUUGUGUUAUGCAUGUAUUAGAAUAAUGUGCACACACACACACACACACACACACACACAUACCAUAUACAUAUAUCAUUGUGAUUCAGCUGGAGACAUAGCUGGUUUUGUGACAUAGGAAAAUUGUGGAGCAAUUGAGGCAACCAGUAAACUGAGGCUUGUAGGUCUCAGCAGUGUCAACACUCAUAACUUGGGGUGCUGUAAGGGACCCAUCAUUAUCAUUAAGCAAGCAGGACGAACCUUGAUGCACAAAAGGAUAUUAAGAAUAAAUAAAUGAUGCAAUAAGUAAACAAACUAGUUAAGAGUAAUAAGUCUGGAAUGCAACUCUGUGAACCUGCUGGGCCAUUAAGUGUUAUACCUCCAUUGUGCUCCUGCAGGGCCAUAUGUGAAGUGUUGGGGUUGUGUGGGCUGCCUAGGCAUGAGCUUGUCUUUUUCAUGCCCAUUUCAUGAUGUCAAGAAGGGACACACCCUAUGUGAAUGUAUUGUGCUAUGCAUCACUGUUGGUUGUUUUGUAUUUUGAUUAUGAAUGAGUGUUAGAAGUGUGUGUGUGUGUGUGUGUGUGUGUGUGUGUGUGUGUGUGUGUGUGUGUGUGUUUGUGUGUGUGUACCUAGUUGUAAUUUACAGGGCCUGAGCUAUGUUCGUGUGGUCCCAUCUCCAUAUCUACACUUGUCCAGUUUUUUCUUAAAGUUGUGCACACUUGUUGCUGAUAAUACAUUCUCACUGAGCUUGUUCCAAACUCCUAUACUUCUCUGUGGGAACUGUAUUUCUUUAUAUCACUCAAGCAUCUUUUUUGUAGUUUUUCAUAGUCCUCCUCCUCCUCCUCCUCUUCCUCUAGUGUGCAGGGUGUAGAAUACUUGUGUUUCCAGUAUCAUAAUGGCCUAGAAAAAAAAUUCUGAUACUACUGCUUCUUUCCUUUUUUUUUUUUCUAUGUUGUGGAAAUGAAUUUCAUAAUUGUGUACAUCAUGAGUUGUAGAUAGUUGUGUAAAUUACAUGUUACAUCAUAGUUUUUUGUAAUUAUCAUUUCCAUUUUAAUGGUUUGGCUAUCUGCUUAAUCAGUUGUUUUCUGAUUUUAAUCUUGGUUGCUUGUUUGCUAUUUCAUCUGAACCUUUUCACUCUUGAAUUUUUAAUUAAUUUACUUGUGUGCAAAGGAGACAAUUUGUCAUUCAUCCUACUUGUUUAUUUUGUUGGGUAUAUGAACUUACAACAUUCCACAACCUUCUCAGUUAUGUCUGUGUGUACCUGUAUUGUGCAGAUCUAGAUUCUAGGUAUAUAGCAGUGUGUGUGUGUGUGUGUGUGUGUGUGUGUGUGUGUGUGUGUGUGUGUGUGUGUGUGUGUGUGUGUGUAUACUUUGAAAAGAGAUAAGUAGGCUUAGAAGUUUCACUGUAUGUAAAAUUAUGUUCUUUAAACAACAGUGAAUCAGAAACUGUCCAGUUUUGUUGUUAUUUCAUCAUAGUCUUUGUCACCACUACAUCCAUGCAAACUGUGUGUGUGUGUGUGUGUGUGUGUGUGUGUGUGUGUGUGUGUGUGUGUGUGUGUGUGUGUGUGUGUGUGUGUGUGUGUUCCAGAGCGCUCAGUUAUGUGGAUAUAGCUCUUGAUUGGAGUUCAGUUGCUUAUGUUGUAUGUAUCUUGUUUCUUAGGGUAAUAUGCAAUUGAUGUUUUGAUGCUGUGUAAAAUAGUUGCUUUUUGGUGGGGCUAUUAUUAUCAUGUGUGUGUGUGUGUGUGUGUGUGUGUGUGUGUGUGUGUGUGUGUGUGUGUGUGUGUGUGUGUUCUAUUAAUUGAUUGUAUGUAGUUCUUAAGAGUUUUCUGCAACUGUGUGUUACUUCAUAAGCAAACUAUGUACUAUACAUGCAACAUGUAUACUUACUCCAUAUGUGUGUGUGUGUGUGUGUGUGUGUGUGUGUGUGUGUGUGUGUGAAAGAAAGCAAAAGUCUAGAAAAUACAUUUAUGCAGUACCUAUACACAUUGAAAAAGAGUAUAUAUAUAUAUAAAAUGAUAAAACUUGUGGAUAUAUUUUCUCAUGUAGUUGGGGUUUUUGAUUACGCACACAUGGGAUCAUGGUUGUCUGUAUAGCUGAGCAGAAUUUGGCAGCAACACACCUUGUAAUGUGCACAAGAGCGGUGGUGAGAGCCCAUGCAGCAGCCCUACACCCUAGAGAUAAGUGUCUUAGUAGCAGAAGCAGCAGCAUGUACAGUUUGUUACGAUACUGGUGAUCAUGAAUAAAGUGGUGCUCAGUU